AAACUAGUUACUUUUUUAAGAUUUGAGGUUAUAUUACCAUUCGAUAAAUAUGCUUUUAUCCAGAAUUUUGCAUAAUGUUGCAUCAAAAGGUCUUAUAACUAGACCGUUUCACACAACUUUACUUCUGCGAAAAAUCGAAGUGGAGGAACCAAAACUAGAAGUACGAGACGUUACAAAGGAUCGAACAGAAGUUAUACCUGUGGAAACCAGUAUUCGCUAUCUUCAAAGUGCUGCUUACAAACAAACGUAUUCGGGAAAGCCUGUGUGGGUCUUAUACCGAAGAAACCAUAAAGGAGGUAUCCCCCCGAGGAAAACCAGACGUACGUGCAUAAGAGGUGGUCAAAUAGCUACUGGCAAUCCCUGCCCGAUUUGUCGGGAUGAAUAUUUGGUAUUACACGAGAAUAACACCGAGUUGUUGAACCAGUUUAUUUGUCCACACACGGGAAGUAUUUUGAGUUAUACGAAAACCGGGUUGUGCCAGAAGAAACAUGAAGAGCUAAUUGUUAUGAUUGAACGAGCUUGGGAUCGCGGGUUGCUCACAUUUGACAUGCCUAUACGAAAAUACGACUACUCAGAAUACUACAAACCAAGUGAAAAUAAUUAGAAAUGAGUGCUAACUUUGUUGUGAUUGG